AUGACUUGCAAAAAUUAAGACUCAUAUAUAGAGUCAUUAUCCAAUGUUGUAUUCAAGUGGAUCGAUAUCCACCGAUGACUCCAGUUGAGAUCUUGCAUAAGUGCAGUUCAUACUUAGAUCCAUCCUGACUAGUAGAUAGUCUCAAUUUGACGCAGAUCGCUAUUGAAUUGAGCUUUCAGUCACCGUCGCGCUGUCAUACAUAAGAAGUGGCAAUGUACCUCCCUAAUUUCACAGCCAACAUUCAGCACGUUCAACGUCGAGAGAACACCAUGAAUUACGUACUUCCCAACAUAACUUUAGAUGCAGCGGGACUGGUCGCAAUAGCCGAAAUAACGGCCGUCGCUCAGCGAACUGUUUUGACCGGCACCUCAAUAUAUUCGGACUCACUGAUACUAUGUCCAGGACUGCAUCGACAGCAAUCAGCGCCAGAGCUCAAUCGCGGAGAGUUUCCAGCUGUAGCGGCUAUGACCAGUGGGUAUGUCUUCCGCGUAGAGAAUCCUGCAACUGUAUCAUUCCUGCAAAGACAUGGGGUGACUGGUCAUCUUGUCACGCUCGAAGUGCUUCCUAUCAGUGACGGGAAGAAGAAAAGAUUUAGCUGCUGUAUGAGGGAUCUAACUUCUCAUCUGUUUUAUUGGGUAUCUGCUGCACUGUCUCCCGUCGUGCUAAGUUACUUCCUCUAUGUUCGUGAAUGGUGGGGUGUGUUCUGUCUCUUAGUUCUCAUGUUUGCUCGUCUUUGCAAUGUCUUCGUGAUUCGGCGCCGUACCAAAGACAUAGGUUGGAAAGGUGCUUCGGAGCCCGGUGCAAAGGGGGAUCUCCUGAUCCUCAUGAGCGGAGACUGCUGGAUCAGAUUGCAAGGAGCUGUUGAUGACCUCAAGGCUGUCACAUCAGGCAAAUGGUGGCGUGAAAGGACCAUGGCCGAGGACUGUCUGACUGCGGUGGCAACGGUAUUGGUUUAUAUCAAUACUGCAUUGGUGAGCAACAUCCACACUUUCAAUCAGAUCAUACUCCUGGUCAUGUUUGUGCUCUCUGCGGCUUUGUUGUUUCUUGCGAAUAUCACGACUCGUGCGAUGCAUAUGUAUGGAAGGAAGAUCCAAGUCAAGGGUCAGCCAAAGAAGUACUACCGAAGACGAGAUAUGGCCGAUGAACUGAUUGCGGAGUCGGGACGCAAGGACUGGGCACGGCGUCUUGGACUGAUUGUCGAUGUAGAUGGUGUUGCCAAUACUCCUGUUAUCAUGUGAGAUGUUCUCACGACAACACGUUGCAGCACGAAAAUUUCUUGACGAGUGAUGCAUUAUGAUUGAUGAUUAAUAUGCGCUUAUGUUGAUAUGAGUUGUGUUUCCGAGAUGACUUUAUAGAGGAGCGGAUUUUGAAGAAGGAAAGGAGGGCACGUGGUUGCCCGACAUGGAGGUACCUAGAUAAUGUACCCAACAGAAGACGGUGCUUGUCAUUUACGUAUGAGUACGUAUCAUUUGCUCAUAUAAAUGAAUGACGCUCAAAUUUACUACGACUAUGAAUUUUU